AUGUCCCCAUUAAUCAAUCGUAGUGUCACUGCUUUAAUGAAAAAACUAACCGAACAAUAUCAAUCUGGUCAAUCAUUUGAUAUCUAUGCAUUUUUGAAACGUUUUACAAUGGAUACUAUAUGGUCGUGUGGAUUCGGUCUGGAUACGGACAUGCAGAACAAUCCCAAUGAUCGUUAUCUUAUUCAAUCACAACGUGUAUUCAGUGCAGAGUGUUUUCUGAUGAUUGCUGGCUAUGAAACAACAAGCACUGCACUAGCUUAUGUUUCUUAUGUUCUUGCGACUCAUCCAGAUGAACAACUCAAAUUGCAAGAGCAUAUUGAUACUUAUUUCAAUCCGGAUACAGAUAAUGAAAUUCCGAGCUAUGAAAUGAUUUCGAAAAUGGACUAUUUAGAUAUGUUCAUCCGAGAAACUCUUCGUAUGUACCCAAUUAUACCAGCUGUCAUUAAUCGACAGAGCACCAAAGAUUUUCAGAUCGAGAAUAUUGGAACCAUUCCUGCUGGUACUAUUGUCAGUAUUGAUAUGUACACCUUACAUUUUGAUCCUGAUCUUUGGGGUCCAGUCGAUCCGAAUACAUUCUAUCCGGAACGAUUUGCUACAAAACGUCAUCCACUCGCAUGGAUUCCAUUUGGUAUUGGACCACGAAGUUGUGUUGGCAUGCGAUUUGCAAUGAUGGAAAUGAAAUUAGUUCUCGCAUGCUUGCUGAAAACCUAUUCAAUUAUUGAUUGUGGUGAGCAAACAUAUCAAGCAACUGAUCAACUUGAAGAAACAGCUGUUAUUUCACCAAAAAAUAUCAUCAUCCGUCUGCAACGUCGCGAUGAAAAAACGGUGUGA